AUGGAACAUGAUUUGGACAUGGUUAUGAGCUCAAGAAGAUUCUUAAAGAACGUAGUAAUAAUGAAAAUGUAUGACUCUGAUGCAUGUGACGCAGAUGACGAGGUACACAAACACUGCACUGCCUCGAGCCCUGCAAAGGUCACACACAACUCAUUUCAAUCCAAAUCUCAAUCUAUAUCUAAAUCUGGUCCGGGUACUUCUUGUUCCAUGUUCCUCUUCCUCCGCAUCUUCUUGUCGGUGGUCCCUCACAUAAAUAUUGCAGACAAAAAGGCUGGGCUUGUUUUCUUGGUUCAGUGGACUCAGUGCAGACCCCUACUCGCGCUUCCAUGUUUGAAAUUGAGGUUCCGAUUCAUUCCGAUUCUUAACGUAACAGAAAAUUUCAGGCAAAAAACUGCAAUUGCAGUGUUGAGGCCGAAAUAA